CAUGACUCGACAUGGCAAGCACAGGGUACAUCACGAACGUACCUGAUGGGCGCUGGGUACACGUUAUAUUCAAGCAGCUUAGGAGCGCACUUAUAACACAGACGGGAGCUGCUUAAAGCUGCAUUACAUAUCCCGGGACGAGUUCUUGAUAGCGGGCGGUGAAACUCCAAUCGGUCGUGGGAUUGGAUUGCAUGACGGAGAGCGGCGAGAAUCAGUCAGAGAGUUUGUUUCUUACGUGUCGUGGCGACAGCAGGAGGAGGCACUUGCCAAAACGAACGGCUGGAGGCGAGAAAGGUGUCACACAACAACAUAUUUCCGUACAGUUGUGUUGUCCUCGGCAGCUCGUGGCAAAGUCGCUCGCCGUCGGGGUUAUUGUGUACUGCAGCUGGGUCCCUUUGUGUGAAGUUCAGUCCUAGUUGUUACCAGUGAGAAGGGACGGCGCGCGUUGAGGUGGCGCUUAUCAUUUGUCGAAUUUUCGAUUGUGCGCCGAUAAGAGGGGACGAGUAUAAGCAGUCAAGAGUAUUUGUGUGAUAUUUGACUUGUCCUCAGGUGACAUCUGAGAGAGGGUUGCGAAAUUGUAUGUAGGUGUGCGUGUGGGUGAGAGGUUUUGAAUUUAAGUCUCCGGUUGGAUCUCGUGUUACUGCGUCAUGGGUAUCAGAGAGGCUGUGGGAAUGCAGUCUCAAAGAUCCAUCAUUAUUUGGAAAUGGAUGGGCUUUGUGACAGCGAUAUGGGUUCAGUCCAUAUCGGGGAACAACUACACAUUUGCCAAUUAUUCAGCGGAUCUCAAGAAGGUGAUGGACUACGAUCAGGUUCAACUCAACACGCUCAGUGUCUCCAAGGACGUGGGAAAGAGCUUCGGUUUGGUCGCAGGUUUUUGUGCUGACCUGCUUCCUCCAUGGGCUAUUUUGAUGAUCGGCUCGCUGGUCGGUCUGGUGGGCUACGGCGUCCAGUGGCUCGUCGUGAGUCAGAGAAUCGCUCCUCCUCCAAUGUGGCAGAUGGCUAUCGCAAUGUGUCUCGGAGGAAACAGCACCACUUGGAUGAACACCGCGUGUCUCGUGACUUGUCUGCGCAACUUUGCUGGGAAUCGGGGUACCAUAUCAGGGCUAAUGAAGGGGUACAUAGGUCUCAGUACAGCCAUUUUUACUGUGCUCUGUACAAGUCUUUUCACGGGGAACAGCUCUGCUUUUCUGCUGCUCCUCGCUCUCUUGCCGCUGGGAGUGAAUGCAACUGCCAUGGUUUUUAUGAAACCUGUUGCCUCGUCCACCAGCUCCAAGGAAGACAGGGAAGAGCAAACCGGCUUUAACAUUGUAAACAUUAUUGCAGGAGCUCUUUCUCUGUAUUUGUUAUCCUACUCAAUCGGAGCGGAGGUCAUCGACAAUUAUCCAGUUCUAAAUAAACUGUUUGCAAUUGGACUCAUCAUCUUUUUGAUGCUCCCUCUCGUAGUACCUGUUCGGCUAUUGAUCCUGGAGCGUAUUUCACUCGCUUCCUUGAGUCUUGCUAAAUCCCAGAAAUCUGUUGAGGAAAUUCAGGAGCCUCUGUUAAAAGGUGCUCGUGUCAACGAUUCAGAGACUGAAUCCCAUGUGGAGAGUUCCACAGGCGCAGAAAGUUCAGCAGUAUUGAGCGGUGCUGCCACUGUGGCCGAUGUGGAAGAAGCAGUUUCUCUCGGUCACUAUGAAAGUAAAGCGUUAAAACUUGGUGACGAGCACACGGCUUGGGAGGCACUUUUCACGUUAGAGUUUUGGGUGCUGUUCUUCACGUUCUUGUGUGGAAUUGGAACCGGAAUCACAGUCAUGAACAACUUUGGGCAGAUUGGGCAGUCUCUUGGCACAAGCGACGUCGCGAUUUUUGUUACCUUCAUCAGCAUCUUUGGAUUUUACGGAAGAGUUGCAGCGGGCGCCAUUUCCGAACAUUUUGUUAGAACAUCGGGCUUGCCCAGACCCGCUUGGAUGGGGAUUUCCAAACUGUUUAUGAUAGCCGGUUACCUGUAUAUGGGAGCAGGAGGACCAGGAUCAUUGUAUAUCGGCUCUAUUAUCGUGGGUGCAGCUUACGGUGUUCACAUUACUAUCACGGUUCCAACGGCAUCAGAAAUGUUCGGUCUCAGAAAUUUUGGUCUGAUGUACAACAUUCUUGUUUUGAACAUUCCUUUGGGAUCUUUCCUCUUCUCUGGACUCCUAGCAGGGUUUCUUUACGAUCGUGAAGCUGCAAAGGAAUUGCCCGUAGGAUCGAACGGUUUUGGCAAACUUUUAUCGAACUGGUUGCUCGAGCAGCCUCGGGGAGAUGAUUCUGCUAAAACUUGCAUGGGCAGCCACUGUUUUAGCCUGCUCUUCACUAUAAUGGCAGUAGUGUGUGCCUUAGGGCUGCUGCUCGACAUCUUCUUGGCGCUUCGUCUUCGUCCUCUGUAUCAAGCACUGCGCAGUAAGAGAAAUGCAACGAUGCGUCAAACUUCCGCGCAGAGACGUAAGUGACUAAGAACCAACAACUUGCCGUAAGCGAGAUCUAGAUGGAACGACGGAAUCCAGACAGAUUUUGCUUCCUUCUGCUUGCAAAGAUGGUCGUAGAAAUGAGGAAAUGAGAGAUUCAAUUAGGCAAACCGUAUUCAGAAAGAGAUCAUUUUUUCGAGAGUGCGCCUCCAGCAGCCCUCAACAUGUAUGUUAUUUCGGGAGGGAACGAGUUAGUGAGUUACAUAAGACGGAGAUGUGAAUUGGAAAUCCCGACACGUCUUACUUCUGCUACCAAAGAUGGUAGUACUAGUAAUAAAGAAGAAAGUUUCAAGUCAGAACAUUUGGUAGUUUAUCAUGCCAUAAUAUCUUCAAUGUGCGUUAGGCAAAUCUUCAAGUUGUUUUUCACGAUAAUAGGGAACGAAUGAAAGUCCAUACAA